CAAAACCAAAAUAGAAUUUAUAAAAGUGAAAAAUAAAUGCUAUUAAAAUUUUUAUUAAAUUUCACUGCUAUAUUUUGGUAAAGCUUUAAAUAAAUCAUGGGAUGUGAUGGAGGAACUAUUCCAAGACGAGAUGAGCUUGUUCGCUUAAAGAAAAAACCAGAAGCUAAAGACAAAGAUUCAGAACGACACUAUCGAUGGAGACAUUGUGCAUUAACUCAACAAAAAUUACAACAGCCAAUUGUAAUGUGUGGAUUAGGAAGACUUUAUUCUAAACAAUCAGUUAUUGAGUGUUUAUUGGAGAAAGAUAAAAUGCCAGAAUCUUGUUCUCAUAUCAAAAGCUUGAAGGAUAUUAAGGAUCUUCGUUUAGCGGCAAAUCCAGCUUAUUCUUCAGAAGAUGAAAAGAAUGCUCCAUUCAUUUGUGCUUUGAUUGGUCUUGAAAUGAGUGGUCAAUUCCGCUUUGUCGGUUUGUGGACUUGUGGUUGCGUUUUCUCAGAAAGAGCAUUGAAGGAAUUAAAAUCUAAUACCUGCUCAAUUUGUCAAACUCCAUAUACGGAAACAGACAUUGUUAUACUUAAUGGAAAUGAAAUAGACACUGAUUUAAUGAGAAUUAAAAUGGAAGCUAGAGUAGCAAGAUUGAAAGCAGCAAAGAAAGAGAAGAAAUCUAAAACACCAAAAGAAGAAACUGCUGUUAAACAAGAAGAUAUUCCAUCUUCAUCAAAAUCGCUUGCUAACAUAUCAAAAACUAAACCUGAAACAUCGUCUAAAUGUCCAUCUCUUCAAACAAUAAGACCAUCAAUUUCUGCAAGUAAACGAGAACUUGUGAUCGACCAAUUUGCUUUAGAUCCAAACUCAAAGAAAGUUAAAAAAGAUUACAGUAUAGCACAAGACUCGGACGCAACGGAAGUUUUCAAAUCCCUUUUUACAAGCCAUGAAAGCGAACAGAAGCAGGACAGAGCCCAUUGGGUCACAUUCAAUCCACAUUAUUAUUAAUUUUAUUGAUUUUAUUUUUGAGCAUUAUAAUUUAAGAUGAAAUAAAUUCCGAUGACAACGAUUUUUAAAAGAAAUCGAAUUUCAUGAGUGUAUGAAAAUAUGUAGAAAAUAUUUUCGGUAUAAUGCAAUGAGUCAUCCG